GAGCAUCUCAAACGCAUCAAGUGUUAUCGAAGUUCUCUUUGCGCACUAGUAAUCUAUUUCAAUAGUGUCCUCCCCCGAAAACAUCGUUUCUUGAAAGUUGACUACUCUAGCCUCAGCGUUUUAUCAUUAUCUUACAAUUUUUAUGAUAUAAUUUUAUUUCACGGGUCUUCUCCGUGGUUCAACGUCCAACAAGUGAUUGAUUUUUAUUAAAAGAAGAAGAAUAAUGGGGAAUGGUGCUGCGUCACGCGAGAAGGACAACACUGCGUGCAUUCAUCUAGACGUAAAUGGUGUGCAACAAAAGGUGAUAUUCGGUAGGAGAUGUAGCUCUAAGGAUGUGCAGGACCUAUUAGCAGCAGCUGCUGGGGUUAGCAAGAAAGCAACUAUCUCGCUGAAGGACGUAGAUGGCGCUCUUGUCAGUGUCUGUUCGGGAAUGCCUGCAAACACAUCAAGCACACCGUACAGAGUACUCGCAACUGAAGCAGAGGAGGUACCGCAAGGUCGAGAAGACGCCAUGAUGUAUGGCGUCAUUACUCAAGUAGCCGAACAGUUUAACAAAGCCCUCGGGGUCAAUGAGCUUAAAGAGGAGCUGACUUCAAGAAUUGCAAUUAUAGAGAAGAAGAAGGAAAUGGAAGGCCUCAAGGCAAUCGAGAUUGAGAAAUGCAAGGUGGAAUUACGUAACCUGAAGGACGAAUUGUUGAGUGCCAAGAGUCGGCACGCUCUGUUCUGUAAAUGUGCCAUCCCGGAAGGGGAUGAGAAGAAGAUAGUUGCCAGACGUGACGUACCCAAAUAUCACAAGUACACCUUGUCCCAGGAAACAAUCGAGUAUCUGAAGAAACCAGCGUUUGAUAUCUGGCAUUGGGAAUCGAAUGAGAUGUUGUGUCUUCUGGAGCACAUGUACCAUGAGCUUGGUUUGGUUGAAGAGUUUAGCAUCGACACACUGGUGCUAAAACGUUUCCUGCUUUGUGUCCAAGAGAACUACCGUCGAAACCCAUUCCAUAAUUUCCGCCAUUGUUUCUGUGUGACUCAAAUGAUGUACGGCAUGAUCCAUCUGUGUGACCUGGGGUCAACGCUGUCCCGGAUGGAGCUUGGAAUUCUCCUGACGGCCGCCUUGUGUCAUGAUCUCGACCAUCCGGGAUAUAACAACACAUACCAAAUCAAUGCACGGACCGACUUGGCUAUUCGAUACAACGACAUCUCCCCUCUGGAGAACCACCAUUGUGCUGUCGCCUUCAAGAUCAUCAGUAAUCCUGAGUGUAACAUCUUCGCCAACGUGGACCAAGACAAGUUCAAGACUAUCCGACAGGGCGUCAUCAUGUUGAUCCUGGCAACUGAUAUGGCACGCCAUAGCGAGAUUCUGGAUCAGUUCAAGAAGUACGUGAAGAAUGGAUUCGAGAUUUCCAACGAAGAACAUCUCAACUACUUAAAGAUGCUGCUCAUCAAAUGCUGCGAUAUCUCCAAUGAAGUCCGUCCGAUCGAAGUCUCUGAGCCGUGGGUUGAUUGCCUACUGGAAGAGUACUUCAUGCAGAGUGACCGUGAGAAGAUGGAAGGUCUUCCUGUAGCAUCCUUCAUGGACCGAGACAAGGUCACCAAGCCAACCUCCCAGAUUGGUUUCAUUAAGUUCGUCUUAAUCCCGAUGUUUGAGGUCGUAGCUUCGGUUUUCGUAGCUUUGGACUCUACCAUGCUUCAACCUCUGCGUGAUGCUUUGUAUCGAUAUGAAGAACUCAAAAUCGCAGAUGACUCUGCAAGAGAAGAGAGGAAAAAGAAUGAACACAAUCAGCUUGCAGGGCUAGAUAGCAUGAGCAGCACCACUGCCGCUACCUGAUCGAGAUCACAAAACGUCACAAGAGGGCGCUAUACUGUUGUAAUGUGACGUCACACGAGGGUGCUGUAUUUUGAGAGCCACUGUUUUAUUGUAAAUUAUAUUUUAAAAAUUAUCAGCAUGCCAGUUCUCAUGAUAAUUAAUUCGGGCUGGUAAUGGACAAGAAAACAUGAGUAUUUUAAACAAAUUUUGUAUUUUUAAGCGUGUAAAUGGAACUUGUAUUUCUGUAAAUUGAAAGCACCUGGUAAUUUAUAAACUAAAAUUGAAAAACCGGAGCGUCAACGAAAAUGUACCAAAAAGGCUGAAAUCCUAUGUCUUAAAACCAUUGAUUUGUUUGGUAACAAAAGAGUGCGCCACCAAGCGCUGGCUUUAGAAAACUAAGUCACAUGUUAAAAUGCGUCAUAAGGAAUUAAAGGUUCACUCUUGCCCACGUCCCUACUCUAAACCAAAUGAAAUCAUCUAACUGGAAUCGCAAAAUGAGUGCUUUGAUUUCAAAAUUAAAAUUAGGCCCCAAUUAUUAUGACUUUACUCCUCUUAGUGCCCCCAACAAAUCAAUACAAAGUCUGGUUGCGCAAGUUUUUUCCACUACAUUCAUGUAUUCUGAAACUGGCCAUCAAUUGUGAGAUAAACUGUCGCAAGGUUUAUCACCGUCAAACAGUGACUGUAUUUUCGUCUUGUUCUAAAUUAAGUUAUUAUUUUGUUGUUGCUACUGUUUUUGUUGCUGUUGUUCAGUGGGUUUUUUGAAGU